AUGGAAUCUUCCAGCCUGCUUUCCGUUUUGGCACUGUUGUUUUCGAUUCAGUUGAUGAUGUGGGCGGUGACUGGGAAUAUAGUGUUCAGAGUUGAUCACAAGUACGGUGGACGAAGCAAUAAGGCGCUGGGGGAACUCAGAGCACACGACGCGCGGCGGCACGGUCGAAUGCUUGCCGCUCUUGAUUUUCCGUUGGGUGGUGAUGGUUCACCCACCGGUGCAGCGCUCUAUUUUACCAAGGUCACCAUUGGAACUCCUCCAGUUGAUUAUCACGUCCAGGUGGACACUGGAAGUGAUAUAUUGUGGGUGAAUUGCCAGAACUGUGAGAGGUGUCCUACAAAAAGUGAUCUCAAAAUAAGUUUGAAGCAGUAUGAUUUAUCGGCCUCCUCCACGGGUGAGCUCAUCAGUUGUGAUGAUGAUUUUUGUACCAUUGCUGUCGAUCAUCACAGUUCAGACUGCAAAAAAGGAAUGAACUGUGAAUAUUUUGUUGCCUAUGGAGAUGGAAGCCGAACGGAAGGGUACUUUGUUAGAGAUCAAUUCAGACUCGAUCAAGUUUCAGGGAACCUCCAAACAUCGACAAUGAACGGAUCCAUAUCUUUUGGGUGCUCAGCUAAGCAGUCUGGACAAUUGGGCUCAUCGUCCGAGGCAGUUGAUGGAUUAAUAGGCUUUGGACAAGCAAAUUCUUCAAUUCUUUCACAACUUGCUUCAGCUGGAAAAGUGAAAAAGGUAUUUUCUCACUGCUUGGCUAGUAAUAAGGGAGGUGGCAUUUUUGCCAUUGGGGAAAUAGUGCAGCCAAAAGUGAAUAGGACGCCGCUUGUCCCAAAUUCGCAACAUUAUAAUGUUAUUCUGAAAUCAGUUGAGGUAGGAGGUCAGUUUCUGAACCUUCCGACAGACAUAUUCGACGCAGGGUCCAAUAGAGGGACUAUAAUCGACAGCGGUACAACCUUGGCCUAUCUUCCAUCUGUAGUUUAUCAACAGCUUAUGAGUAAGGUCAUGGAACAACAACCGGAUCUACAAACUCACGUGGUUGAGCAGCAGUUCAGAUGUUUAUGGUACCGGGGGAAUGUUGAUGAUGGGUUUCCAGUUGUAAAGUUCCAUUUUGAGGGCUCACUCAUUUUGACUGUUUAUCCCAAUGAAUAUCUGUUUGAAAUUAGUGAUAAUGAGUAUUGUAUAGGUUGGCAAAACAGUGCAACACAAACUAAGGAUGGACAAGAUAUGACUUUAUUGGGAGACAUAGUGUUGUCAGACAAACUAGUUUAUUAUGAUCUCGAAAAUCAGACAAUUGGAUGGGCGCAGUACAACUGUGAGUCGACUCCUAUUAAACUUCGUUAUUGUAGCCUAUUUCGUUCAUAG